UGUACCCGCUAGCUCCAGCGCUGCGCACUUGUCAGCCAGUCCGCCCGUCCGGAGCCCGGCUCGUUGGGGCAGCAUGGCGGGGUCGCCGCUGCUCCGCGGGCCGCGGGCCGGGGGCGUCGGCCUUUUGGUGCUGCUGCUGCUAGGCCUCCUUCGGCUUCCACCUGUGCUCGGCGCGAGGCCGGUAAAGGAGCCCCGCAGCCUGGGCGCAGCGUCACCACCAAUGACUGAGGCUGGCGCUCCCCGCCGCUUCCGUCGGGCAGUGCCCAGAGGAGAGGCAGCGGGUGCGGUGCAGGAGCUAGCGCGGGCGCUGGCGCAUCUGCUGGAGGCUGAGAGACAGGAGCGGGCGCGGGCCGAGGCGCAGGAGGCGGAGGAUCAGCAGGCACGCGUCUUGGCGCAGCUGUUGCGCGUCUGGGGCUCCCCGCGCGCUCCCGAUGCGCCCUUGGCCUUGGAUGACGAUCCGGAUGCUCCCGCCGCGCAACUGGCGCGUGCCCUGCUUCGCGCCCGCCUUGACCCCGCCGCCCUAGCAGCCCAGUUGGUUCCCGCGCCUGCCCCCGCCGCUGCCCUGCGACCCAGACCCCCCGUAUACGACGAUGGCCCCACAGGUCCAGAUAUCGAGGAUGCCGGGGACGAGACACCCGACGUGGACCCGGAGCUACUGAGGUACUUGUUGGGGAGGAUCCUUACUGGAAGCGGGGAGCCGGAGGCUGCUGCUGCCCCGCGUCGCCUCCGUCGUGCGGCCGAACAGGAUCUUGGUCCAGAGGUGCCCCCUGAGGGCGUACUGGGCGCCCUGCUGCGUGUGAAACGCCUGGAAAACUCCCAGCCCCAGGCGCCUGCGCGACGCCUCCUGCCGCCCUGAGCACCACCUGCGGGAGGCGCCCUGGAACCCCGCCCUCCUCACUCCUCAAGCGUUCCCGGCUGCACGUCGUCAUCCACCAGCUUACAUACACCACCCCAAGAUUCCCUCCCUGCCUCUCAAUAAAC